AUGUCCAAGUCCGUCUCAUCCUCCUCGGCUCUCCUCACACGUCUCUUCCAGGAUCUCUCCGGCACCUGGCUACUCAACCGUAAGUUACAAAGCGGCAACCCUUCAGAGCCAUCAGGACGAUGCUCAGGCACAGCGACAUUUACAAAGUCCCCUUCUCCGUCACCUGUGCUUGACGCCGAUGGAAAGCUCAACAUUGCCGAUGCAGAACUCUUGUAUCAUGAGCAGGGUGACUUUGAAAUGAUGAAGGCUGUCGGCAACAACUUGGCCAGCGUUCCCACCUUCACCUUCUCGAGGAAAUACAUCUGGCGUUUGUCAAGGACCGAGAAUGCCUAUACAAUCAGCAUCUGGUUUACCAAGCCUGGCACCGAGACUAUUGACUAUCUCUUCCACAAGAUAGACCUGCCUUUCGACAACGACCUAGAUUCGGAGUCGGAACUGAGGCUCGUCCUCAAUGGUACAGGAGGCCAUCUAUGCGUGGAAGAUUUUUACAACAGUUCUUACUCAUUCACAAUGAAGCGCUCUGACGCGAAUUCACCUUUCUCUCUGACCUCUUGGACUACCCUUCAUGAGGUUCUCGGUCCCAAGAAAGAUCAACACAUUGAGACGACUUUCGUCAAACCCUGA